AUGGAUAGAAGCCUCGUAGGUUGGAUAUUUGUGAGUGCAGUAUGUAACUUAAAUAUUAUUCCUACUGUACCAGCUUCUCUUUCGUUACAAACAUCACAAAGAAGGGAUGCCGACAGCUGUAAGCCAUUAGUUAUUGCUCAUCGAGGCGCAAGUGGUUACAUACCAGAACAUACACUGGGGGCUUAUGCUCUAGCUAUUACUAUGGGAGCUGACUACGUGGAGCCCGAUCUUGUGAUGAGUGCCGACGGACAUUUAAUUGCACGACAUGAAAAUGAACUCGGUCUUACAACUAAUGUUGCUCAACUACCAGAAUUUGCCGAUCGUUAUAGAACACAAAGUGUCGAUGGGCGUGAAAUUAGUGGUUGGUUCACUGAAGACUUUACUCUUGCCGAAAUAAAAACUCUUCGAGUUAUAGAACGUAUACCGGAAAUCAGGCCUGGCAAUGCCAAUAUGGAGCUUUCGAUAUUCCAACAUUCCAAGAAAUAA